GGCUCACAGGUUGUCGGUAUUGGGCGCUCUCCCUCCUCUCUCGCCGCGCCUCUCGCCGGCUGCAGCAGCAGCAGCAGUGUAGUAGUCUGCCCGUCUCGCACUGUUCUGUGUCACGCAGCCGCUGAUCGAGGGGCGUCAGACUGCUGCUCGUCAGGGGGAUACCAGCCGCCAUCCGCGCACUUCACGCGUCAUCCAGCCGCGGGCAAUGACAUUAGUCAACUGAAGUGGGAAUACAAGAAAACGCAAAAAUGACGGUGGACUUUGAAGAAUGUAUUAAAGAUUCCCCCAGAUUCAGGGCUGGUAUUGACGAUGUGGAGACAGAUGUGGUUGAAAUUGAGGCAAAGCUUGACAAGCUGGUUAAGCUGUGCAGCGGCAUGAUUGAGGCUGGCAGAGCCUAUGUCAGCGCCAAUAAGCUCUUUGUGAACGGCGUCAAAGAUCUCUCCCAGCAGUGCAAGAAAGAGGAGAUGAUAUCGGAAUGCCUGGAAAAGUGUGGAGAAAGGCUGCAGGAGAUCGUCAACUACCACAUGAUUUUGUUUGACCAAGCUCAGAGAUCCAUUAAACAGCAACUCCACACCUUCAUUAAAGAAGACAUACGUAAGUUCAAGGACACCAAGAAGCAGUUUGACCGAGUGCGGGAAGACAUGGAGCUGGCUCAGGUGAAAAACGCACAGGCACCCAGGAACAAAGUGCACGAGGCGGAGGAAGCCUCUCAGGCCCUCACCCUCAGCCGCAAAGCCUUCAGACAUCUGGCCCUCGACUAUGUGCUGCAGAUUAAUGUGCUUCAGGCUAAAAAGAAAUUUGAAAUUCUGGAUGCGAUGCUGUCCUUCAUGAGAGCCCAGUACACUUUGUUUCAACAAGGUUACAACAUUCUGGAUGAAAUCGAUCCUUAUAUGAAAAAACUGGCUGCACAGUUGGACCAGCUCGUCAUCGAUUCCGCCAUGGAGAAGAGAGAGAUGGAGCACAAACACGCACUCAUCCAGCAGAGGACUUUGAUGCAGGACUUUUCCUACGAUGAGCCCAAGCUGGAAUUCAACGUGGAUGCGCCAAACGGGGUCGUCAUGGAGGGCUACCUGUUCAAGAGGGCCAGCAAUGCUUUCAAAACAUGGAACAGACGAUGGUUUUCCAUUCAAAACAGCCAGCUGGUCUACCAAAAGAAGCUUAAGGAUUCUUUGACAGUGGUGGUUGAGGAUCUCCGGCUGUGCUCUGUCAAACCAUGUGAAGAUAAUGAGAGAAGAUUCUGCUUUGAGGUGGUUUCACCCACCAAAAGCUGCAUGCUGCAGGCUGAGUCGGAGAAGCUGCGACAGGCUUGGAUCCAGGCGGUCCAGGCAAGCAUUGCCUCUGCUUACAAAGACAUCGCAGACAACUAUUAUAUUGAGCGCUUGGACCGGACAGCCUCGCCCUCCACCAGCAGCAUCGACUCUGCGAGCGAGCCGCGGGAGCGGGGGGAGAGGGCCGAUAAGGGACUGCGGGGAGGUGGGGAGAGUCUCCUCCAGCGGGUUCAGAGCCUUCCAGGCAAUGAGCUGUGCAGCGACUGUGGCCAAAUGGCUCCGUGCUGGGCCUCCAUCAACUUGGGAGUGCUGCUCUGCAUCGAGUGCUCGGGGAUCCACAGGAGUUUGGGUGUGCAUUUCUCUAAAGUGCGUUCACUGACAUUAGACUCGUGGGAGCCCGAACUGCUCAAGCUGAUGUGUGAGUUGGGGAACACUGUGAUCAAUCAGAUUUAUGAGGGAACCUGUGGUGUGUCUGGUGUGAAAAAACCUGGACCCUCCAGCUCCAGGCAGGAAAAAGAGGCCUGGAUCAAAGCUAAAUAUGUGGAAAAGCGCUUCUUGAAGAAGCUGAGUGGCAGUGAGGCUCUGGUGGAGAGUGAGAGGAAGUCGCGCCCGUGGACAGUGAAGAAGUGCCACCGACACAACAGCUCUGUUCGGGCUCCCAACAAGGUCCGACGGAAAUACCACCGCUAUGAGCCUGGAGGAGCAGCACCGGCAAACCUUUCAGCAGCAGCGGCAGCAAAGUUUCGACGGGACUCCCUGUUUUGUCCUGAUGAGCUGGAUUCACUCUUCUCCUACUUUGACACUGGCUCUGGGCCUCGCAGCCCUGCAGGUCUCAGCAGCGACAGCGGCCUGGGAGGAAGCACAGACGGGAGCACAGACAUCCUGGUUUUUGGCUCGGUAGUGGACAGCGUAACAGAAGAAGAGGAGUCCGAAGAGUCGUCCAGUGGCGAGGUUGAGAUUGAACAGGAAAUUUCCUCAGACCCCGAGGACCCCAGAGAACUACACCCCGGGGCGCUGCUCCACCGCUCAGCCCGUCUCCACAACUUGCCACUCAUGGCAGAAGCGCUGGCGCACGGAGCUGAUGUGCACACUGCCAGUGAGGAGGAGGAGGGCAAAACGCCACUCAUUCAGGCUGUGAUCGGGGGCUCUUUGAUAGCUUGCGAGUUCCUCCUACAGAAUGGAGCCGAUGUGAACCAGAGGGACAUGAGAGGCAGAGGGCCUUUGCACCAUGCUACCUACCUGGGCCACACUGGUCAGGUCUGUCUGUUCCUCAAGAGAGGAGCGUCGCAGACGGAGGUGGAUGAGCAGGGUCACGAUCCCCUAAGCAUUGCUGUCCAGGCUGCCAACGCGGACAUCGUUACUCUGUUGCGUCUGGCACGAAUGAACGAGGAGAUGCGCGAGGCGGAGCCUCGGUUGGGUCAGCCAGGUCAAUACCCCAGCAGCAGCCCCACUGAGCAACAGUAUAGAAAGUGCAUCCAGGAAUUCAUCUGCCUCACCAUAGACGAAAGCUAGUGCUCCUUCCUGCCCUGAGGAGCCCAGAGCGGGCUCUGCUUGUAACUCUGCUCCCUCCGACUGAGAAGCAGGCGUUGCUGUGCAGAAGUUGCCGCUAGACACUGAUCUAAACUGUGCUGCUUCCGUAGAUCUGGGCUUACAGGCAACUUCUUGUGAACAGAGGAGACUGUGAGGUCAUAGGGGAAACCCCCUGAUGGAACGCCAUCCACCAUCCAGUCAUCACCACCUUCACUUCCUGCGGCCUCUGCUUGUUCUUACUUGACGCCACUUGUGUUUUUACUAGCUACACAUAAUAAUAAUAUCACAUCUGCUUUUGGGGUGUUUUUGCUAACAGGGUCAUUCUCUAACUUUUAACACAACUUGUAAUGGAAGUGGGGAAAUUCUCACCUCUGCAUUUUGCUGCAUUAACCUUCUACACUGUAUAUCUAUCUAUCUAUCUAUCCAGACCAUCUGUGCUACUCAGCUUUUGCCCAUCUCUUCUCAACCACAGGUGUAAAUAUGCAUAUUUAGAAAACGUAGAUGCUGUAACUGUGGCAUGUGGUGACAUAAAGGUACGUGUUUCAUUACUUAAAGAAAAAGUCUAGCUGCAGUGGAGGUGGCUGGGGACGAUACUGUGACUUAAAAAAAUGAAAUAAAAUAAAAAAGUGGCAAGCGGGGUCGUCCUGCUUGGUCGGAUACUCUGCCGUCGCAGAGCGAGUGAGCAGGAGAGCAGACGAGCGCAUGUGUCCGAGAAUCCAGAAAGAGACUAUUCAUAGGAAAUGAUCCAUCAUGUAUAAGAAAAAAGAAAUUGCACUUUCCUCAUAGACAGUGUUAUAAUUGUGUUCAUUUUCAGGUAGUUUAUUCAAUGUUCUUGUCUAGUUAUUUACUGUUUGACUCUUAUUUUAUUUAUCAAUCCAGAGGACCAGUGCAAUGCAUUUUUGGAUGCAGUUUAAAUGUUCAUGAUUGUCAUUAAGUCAUAUAGUACAAAUCCACGACUUGGAACUUAGAAGAGAGUUUUUAUUUUAUUUUCGUUGGCAUAAUGUUUUCUAGUCAAAAUUAAUGGAGUUUCUCUCUGGAAUGGCCUUAGAAAGCUCAGUGUACACAUUUUGGCAACUCAAACCCACUGCUUUUAGCUAUUUUGAAUAAAUAAAAGUCCACUUUACUGUUUGUAAAGUUGCGCAAACUAAAAAAAGAAAACACUACAAUGCAAAGAAGGUGUGUGAAAGCUGGACUUAACCCUUUUCCUUUCAUCCCAGUGCUCAGCAAUUUUAUUAAAGACCCACUCCGAUCAUCUUUCGAGCUAUUUUCAUAAUAGUGGUUGUUUAAAUAUAGUUUUGCCAUUUUUAGCCAAAACCUAUGUCGUUUUCUAGGACAUAGUUUCUGCAGAGCAUCGGGAGUUCAUUAGAAAUUCACCUCUAAAGUUUUUGGCGGGACUGUUGGGGCAGAGCAACCCCUCCUCGUUGCUGAGAGCCGUCUCUCCCCCUAGCUUACAGCCCUUCACACCCCCAAUUUAACAUUAGCUGUGCAACAAUAAUGGAGCUAUCCAGCUUUUAGCCACAUUCUAGGUCAGACAGUUUCAAAAGGCAAUUUUUGUUUUGUCUACUCCUGAUUCAAAGUGAUUUAAAUAAAGAGGUACCCAAAGAUGCGAUUUUAAGCUUAAUUUUCUUUAUAUGUGUCCUCGGAGAACAUAUUAAAAACUACAUUUUCAUCGAAGUGGGUCUUUAAGGGUGAGUGACAGGAUGCUGCCGACGCACUUUGAAAGCUUCCUGUAAAUACUCGCAGAACUCCAGGUGUGUUUACUGUUUGGUGAAAAUGCAGGGAAGCACCUUUUUAAUAAAAAAGUCAUGUGAUCCCUACGCUGCCUCUUCCUCGUAAUGUUAAGAACUCAAUAUGGCUUGCAUUCUAGCAUGAUGAAAUAACUUUUCAGUAAUUUGAUCACUUUGUGCAGUGCUGUGAAAAAGCAUGCGACACCACGACCCCCCUGUGCUUUCGUGCCUCUGUGCCACACUUUCAUCCACAGAGCAAAUCUGUGGCGACUUCUUCAUUUGACUUUUUUUUUGUUUUUCUCCAUGUUGUGGUUUUAUUUUCCUCUGCCGAAGACAAUUUCAAAAGGGAAAGUGUUGGAAAUGUUGUACUCAAUGAAGGUGGUUGGCCCACAGAGACAAGUAAAGCCAGUCUGGAGGGUGACGUGAAGCUGCUGUGACCAAACGGGCCGUCACCCUCAUGGGAAAUGUUGUGUUCGUUGUGCGUAUUGCCAUAGAAGUGCUUUAAUUGGUGCGGUUCCAAGCAAACAUGAUGUAGAUAGGACACGUGUAUUUUAUCUCGAUGCCAACUGCCUGACUCGGAUUUCGGUCAUAGAUCCUCUGUCUGAUCUGUUCUUUGUCUUUUUUUGUUGUUUCAAAAAAAAAUCAAAGGAAAAAAAAAGCUGUUCGGCAGAACUGCAAUUCCAAAGUACUCUGAGGCAUUUCUGAUGUAUUUUGACCUUUGAGUAGUUUGGAAUAUUUCUUCCUUGUCUUUUGUCACACUUGGAAAGGCAGAAGAAGAAAAAACAAACAGUGCAUACAAUAAAACUUGAGAAACUCUUGAUGAACUAACCUUA